AUGGAAUAUGCGGACUGUGCCCCAGAUGGAUCAUGCGUAAGUGAAGGAGGAGGCAGUGGCAGAGAAAGGAUGAGAAUGAGAGGGCAAGAAAGGGAAUACAAAUCUAAGAACCUUCAAGCGGAGAGGCGGAGGAGGCAGAAACUCAGUGAUAGGCUUCUUGCUCUGCGGGCGUUAGUCCCUAUCAUCACAAAUAUGAAUAAAGCCACCAUUAUUGAGGAUGCCAUCACUUACAUUAAGGAACUUCAGAAGAAUGUGAAGGACCUCAGUGACCAGCUUCUUGAAAUGGAAGCAUCCUCUGAAGAGGAAGCAAAGGAGAGGAGCGAAACCAUUGAUGCUGCAGAAGAGAUGAACAAAUGUGGAAUCGAGGAAGAUGUUCAAGUGACUCAUAUAGAUGGGAAUAAAUUCUGGUUGAAGAUAGUAAUUCAGAAAAAGAGGAGCAGCUUCACAAAACUGGUAGAAGCCAUGAACUUUCUUGGCUUUGAAUUUACAGAUACCUCUGUUACUACCUCCAAAGGAGCAAUUCUUAUUACCGCAUGCGUGGAGGGAAUUUAUGGUGAGACCUUUGCAGCUGCAGAAACCAGGGAGUUGCUGCAGGAGAUUAUUAAAGGCAUAUAA